CCCGCCGGAGCCUGUUCCCGUCGACGGACCAGAGUCCGCGAAUUCUCCGCUCCGAGCCGGUCCGCACUGCCCCGAUCCCAGCUUCCUAUCCUUUGAAAACACUAAAAAUAAUGUCCCUGCAUCAGUUUUUACUAGAGCCAAUCACCUGCCAUACCUGGAACAGGGAUCGUACCCAGAUUGCUCUUAGCCCCAACAAUCACGAAGUCCACAUCUAUAAGAAGAACGGGAGCCAGUGGAUGAAGGCUCAUGAACUCAAGGAGCACAAUGGACACAUCCCAGGUAUGGACUGGGCUCCCAAGAGCGACCGCAUCGUCACUUGUGGGGCAGACCGCAAUGCCUAUGUCUGGAGUCAGAAAGAUGGUGUCUGGAAGCCAACCUUGGUGAUCCUGAAAAUUAAUCAUGCAGCGACUUUUGUCAAGUGGUCCCCGCUAGAGAACAAAUUUGCUGUGGGAAGUGGAGCACGACUCAUCUCUGUUUGUUACUUUGCGUCUGAAAAUGACUGGUGGGUCAGCAAGCACAUUAAAAAGCCCAUUCGCUCCACAGUCCUCAGCUCGGAUUGGCAUCCCAACAAUGUUUUGCUGGCAGCAGGAUCGUGUGAUUUCAAAUGCAGAGUGUUUUCUGCCUACAUUAAAGAAGUGGAUGAAAAGCCAGCCAGUACACCAUGGGGCAGCAAGAUGCCUUUUGGUCAGCUGAUGCAAGAGUUUGGUGGCAGUGGCACUGGUGGCUGGGUGCAUGGGGUCAGCUUCUCUGCCAGCGGGAGCCGCCUGGCCUGGGUCAGCCAUGACAGCACCGUAUCCGUUGCCGAUGCCUCAAAAAGCGUGCAGGUCUCAACUCUGAAAACGGAGUUCCUGCCCCUGCUGAGUGUGUCGUUUGUCUCGGAGAACAGCGUCGUAGCUGCUGGCCAUGACUGCUGCCCGAUGCUCUUUAACUACGAUGACCGUGGCUGCUUGACCUUCAUCUCCAAACUAGACAUUCCAAAACGGAGCAUCCAGCGCAACAUGUCUGCCAUGGAGCGCUUCCGCAACAUGGACAAGAGAGCCACGACUGAGGACCGCAACACGGCCUUGGAGACGCUGCACCAGAAUAGCAUCACUCAGGUGUCUAUUUAUGAGGUGGACAAACAAGAUUGUCGCAAAUUUUGCACUACUGGCAUCGAUGGAACCAUGACAAUUUGGGAUUUCAAGACCUUGGAGUCUUCAAUCCAGGGCCUCCAGAUAAUGUGAAGCUGAGUGAGCCUCCCAGAUCCAGCAUGACAAACUGACAAAAGUGACAGAGUGUGCUGAUAUGGCCCCACCGUUUGCAUGGUGGUGAGGAGAGCCAGCUGCAAGGAAACACUG